AUGGCCGCGCCUGUCGCCGCAGACAGCGACCUCAUUAAUUUCGACAUUAUAGAAACCCACAAGGAAAACAUCCAGUCCCUACCUGGCGGCCGAUCCGUUAAGCAACUCGCCUCGAUACUAUCACCUCUUCCCUCCUCCAGGUCAUUAAGCGGCGCAUGUACCUCGCCGACAUUGGAAGAGACAAAAACACUCAACGACGCCAUCCGACAAGAAUAUGAAAUCGAACUCCAAUCAAUAGCAGAUUCCGAUGACCCUCUUGACAUCUAUGACCGAUAUGUCAAAUGGACCCUCAAUGCAUACCCAUCAGCUCAAGCAACACCUCAGUCUCAGCUCCUCCCGCUGCUCGAGCGGGCCACAAAGACCUUCCUCACCUCAACCCACUACAAAAAUGAUCCACGAUACCUGAAAUUAUGGCUGCAUUAUAUCCGUCUAUUCUCAGACACGCCACGGGAGACCUUUGCGUUUCUCGCCCGACAUGGUAUUGGCGAGGGACUCGGACUGUUCUAUGAAGAGUUUGCGGCAUGGUUAGAGGCCGCGGGGAGAUGGGUACAAGCGGACGAAGUAUACCAGCUGGGCAUUGAGCGGGAGGCCAGACCCACGGAAAGACUGACGCGGAAGUACGCUCAGUUCCAACGAAGAUUCGAUGCCAGGCCACAAGUCGACGAUGAGCCCAGCUCUCCUGCCCUGCCCACUGUUCGACCCGCUCUCGCGGCGAAGAUUGAUCCCUUUGCCUCCGCCCAUGUUGGUGACGAUCCACAAGCAGCUCGCCAGCGGAAUGGGUUAGGUGGUAGCUCCGCACCCGCGUCGCGCUCGGGCAAACCCAAGAUGGCCAUCUUUUCAGACGCCGAUAAUGCUCAGCAGCAGCCAUUGCCUGCAAACAACACAAAAGGAUGGGACAGUAUUGGAUCAGUGAAGGAACGCAAGAAAGAGAACACCAUUGAAGCUCGAUCAUGGGCGGGAGAGAAGUUGAAGGCCGGAGGCAGAGUUGGAUCGGUGCCCAAGAUGGAGAUAUUCAAGGAUCCGGCAUCACGAGCACAUGGGCAAUCCAAGCGAUCCUCACCAACCCAAGACUCGCUGCAACCGCACCAAGUUGUCAAUCCACGCACUGGUCGAGCUGAAAGGGUCUUCGUGGCCCUUGAAGUUAUCUACCCUGCUGACACGGAUCUGGAAUUCAGCUUCGAAGAACUUCGAGCCAUGUCUCGAGGCUGGGCUCAAAAGGAUUGGAGGCAGCGAGAAGAACCAACUCAGUUGAAGCCGACUGCCGCCAACGCCGCCACAAAUGCGAGGUCGAAGAUCAUCAAGUCUCGGGAGCCCGAGGAUAUUGAGAAUCUCACACACUCGUUCGCCGAUAAAGUCGACCUGAACAGCGGUGAGAGCUCGACCCUCGGUGUCCACGAUGUGUCGACCCAAUCCAUGGUCGGCAUGCCAGAGUCAGAUCCUCGAUCAGCAAGCAAGCCGCCGAAACAGAAGGAAAAGAAGCUGAAGAUUAGAGAAGUCAAACAGGAGACGCAGACAGUCAAGACCCGACUGGAAUCACCCACCGGCAAGAAGUUGAAGCGCAAAAAUGGCCCACAGGAGCCAACCAUGACUUUUCAUUCCAAGGCUGCCACGAACGAGAUAUACGACAUGUUCAACCAGCCACUCCGUAAAUCUGCAACGGCCAGGGAUGAUACGCAAAGUGGCGAUGAUACCGAUUUCACCGAGGGCGAAGUAGAUGAUGGGUACAGCACUGCAGGUGACGCCGAGAGCACGGUAACUGGUCAAGUGUCGGCACCCGGUAGUGAAUUCGGUGACUAUACAUUGGCGUCGACCAGACAAAAUCACUCACAGAGUCAAAGUCAGUCUGAAAGUGUCUCUCCUUGGUCCGACUUCACCACCAGCAAACACGUGCCUCCUCUUGAUCCAGCACGUGUCAAGGACAAAGCAUCCUCAGGUAAGAAUCACAGGAGAGUCAAACACAAAGACCGGUUGGAGGACAUGACAGAGAGCAUGGACUCGUCCAACCAAGACCAGACACAGACCUCUGGUUUUGGGGCGUAUGACACUCAAGCGAUUGCUGCCAUUGCUGAGGGCAAUUUUGACGACCUAGACACCAAGGCUAUUGCCAUGAUAGCCGGCGAUUUCGAUGAGGGUGCGGCAGACGCUGGAGAAGACGAGCCCGAACAAGACGUCACCGUCGCCACGUCCACGGACCAGGUCGCACUGACAGAAGACAAGGGGCAACAAGAGGAAGCGAACAACCACGCCGUCACUAACAAUGAGGCUCUGGCUACCCCGACUGACGACGAGUUUGAACACCGCGAGAUCUCCCAUAAACCUCGUUUCAUCCCUCUUCCACCUGUCGACUAUGAGCCGACCCCAAUCCGACCUUACCGUGACCCGGCGAUGCUGGCGCAGAACAAGAUGCCAUUCAUGACACCAAUUGCGGAGCGAACUGAAUCUUCACUUGCUCCAUCGACUGUGUUCAAUGUCCCCGGAUAUUUCGAUUCCAAGACCCCGAGCAGGUCCCAAUAUGAGAGCCCGUCAAAGUUUGGGAUGGAGAAUCUUCUCCUGAGCAGUCCACAACAGCAAAUUGCGACGCCAUCGUCUGGCUCCGGGAAGAGAAAAUUUGGCGAGACAGGCGCGACUGAGGAUGAGCUCAUCACUUCCUCGCCGCAGAAGAAGGGGCCAAGCAAGAAGACCGACCCCAACACCUCGCCGAUAUCUGUCUCCAAAGGGAACGACGACGUCUUCAAGACUCCUGCUUUGCCAUCAAAGCCCGUUGCCAGAUCGCCACUGACGAAAAUUCACGAAGGACCCAUCAUUGCAGACUUGCAAUGUAAUCCGUGCGACGAUGCUGUGCGAAACCAGAUCCUCGGCUCAAUGUCUCCAUCGCUGGCCACGCAGAAGGGAUAUUACGAUCAUUCGAGCACCACUUUUGGCCGCUAUCCCGCCCUGAAGUCUUACGCUGAGAAGCAGGCAAAGAGCAAGGCUAAGUUCAGUCCAAGAAAGAGUCAGAACGACAAAGUCCCCAGUAAAGCGGUUCCUCCGGUCCUCAAAUUCGGCGAAACAACUCGGGUGUACGCAGUCAAGCGAGAACUGGGCGAAGGGGCAUUUGCGCCGGUGUAUCUGGUCGAUAGUUACGACCCGGCUGAGAAUGAAGAGGCAGACGAGAACGACAAGGAGAACAAGAGCCCACCGUCGUCUCAACUUGCUGAUACGGGUCGUCAACCACUGGAAGCUCUCAAGACCGAGUCUCCUCCCGGCACGUUAGUCUGGGAAUUCCACAUCGUCCGUCUGAUCAAACAGCGCCUCGGCUCUGCAGCGCGAAGCAUGCAAUCCAUCAUCCUCGCUCACGAAUGCCAUCUGUACCGCGAUGAAGCUUACCUUGUCCUCUCGUACAGUCCGCAAGGGACGUUGCUCGACUUGGUCAAUCUGGCGCGUGCCGAGAACGUCAAAGCCGGCAAGCCCGCCGAAGGGUUAGACGAAGUGUUGGCCAUGUGGUUGAGCGUCGAGCUGCUGCGGACGUUGGAGGAUCUCCAUCGGGUGGGAAUCCUCCAUGGCGACCUCAAGGGCGACAAUUGCCUUGUGCGCUUCGAUACCUCCCUAGAUCUGACGGCGCCGUUCGAUCCGGAGGGAAACUACGGGUGGCAAUCUCGGGGGCUGAAGUUGAUUGACUUUGGCCGCGGUAUUGAUACCCGUAUGUUCAAGCCCAAAGCACAAUUCAUCGCCGACUGGCCCUCUUGUCCUCAAGACUGUACCGAAAUCCGCGAAUGUCGACCCUGGAAGUGGCAGAUUGACUAUCACGGGGCUGCGGGGGUGAUUCACUCCUUGCUAUUUGGCAAAUACAUCGAGACGGUCCCAGCUGGUGGCAAUGCGGUGGCCGGUCCAGGUCAAAAGAAGGAAUGGAAACUCAAGGAGAACCUCAAGCGGUAUUGGGAGAAGGAUGUUUGGGGAGACGUGUUUGCGACCCUGCUUAACCCAGGCUGCGUGGCGGAUGGGGAAGAGAUGCCGAUCCAGGGCAAUUUGAAGAGAGUGCGGACAAUGAUGGAGAAGUGGCUUGUGGAUGAGGGCGAGCGAGGUGGUCGGGAUCUGAGGGCGAGCUUGAGACGGAUGGAGCGGUUGAUUUGCGUGAAGUAG